AUGACCGAUCAAGAUCCUUAUGUUGUUGAAGCGUAUACCGACGAAUGGGGCAUUCCUCUUGAACAACUCAACGAGAGUGACAUUGACGAUGAGGAUGGCGAUAUGAUUUUGGAACAACAUCUCACAGUUUACAAUGAGGCAGCAAUGACUCGUUUAUUGGACGAUUUCAAAGUGGACGAUGAUCUGGAGCCUUUCGAGAGAGUGUCAGUAACUACAGCCGAGCCGGUGCAUAUCAAGGAUGUGUUUGAUGAUCUAUCACGCGAGGAAGCCUUCUACAACCAAGCAUUGGAUGCAGCACGCAGCGUUUUGAAGCAAACAAAGGAACAUGAUGUACCAUUCUUGCCACCUGUUGACAACACUGAACCCAAGAUCCGUGAUCGACAAGCCAAGCAAGCUGCCAAGGCUGCCAAACCAGGCAAAAAAGCAGCAGCAGAAAAGGAAGCAGCAGCAACUGAAGAAUUAAUUGACAAGGUUAAGCUUGCCAAGCGAAAACGGAAAGAUGCCCGAGAGGAUGACUUCAUGCUUGAUGCGGUGGACUUUGAUCCCGAAGAUAUGGAGGACAACGAUCGGAAAAACAAGUACAAGCGCAACUCGCCCAACGUUAAGCUUAACCGAAUGGGUAAACAGUCAAAGAAACAGCCUCAAUCACAACAAAAAAGGAAGAGCCCCAAGGGACGACCCGGAAAGGCGAGACGUAUGGCAAUGCGUAAUCGACGUUAG